AUAUAUGUUGUGAUGGACAAGAUGUGCAGAUGGAGUGGAUGAUCAGCAUUUUUACUGCUCAGCAUGAAGAUAUAUGGCCACCUGCUGGAAAAGCAAGAAAACAGUCUAUAACUAAAAGUCCAAAGAUUGGAGGCUUACCACUAAUUCCCAUUCAACAGGACAAGAACACUUGUAAAAUCAGAGGGAGUACUGAAAAUAUAGAACUGCAAUCUGGGAAACAAAAAUUUGGUGAGCAUCAUAAAAAUGACUUUCUGGAAGAAAGAAAAAACUUGAAAGAAAAAGCAUGUAUUGUGGCACAAUGUUUGGAACGGAAGGAGGAGAAAGUACGAAAUCAUGCAAAAACACAUCGGGGCUUGAUCUCUGAGGAUGUAGGUGCAGGGAUGACUGACCUACAAAGACCACAUAAGGCACUGAAGAAAAAUAAGAACAAAACAAACAAAACCACUUUGGAAUUAGAUAACAAAUUGCCAUCAAAUGUGAUUCAGGAACUAAAUACAGUGCUGCAGAACAGAGCAUUUAAUGAUGAAACCUCCAGCUGAUUUCCCGAGUCUGAAGGGGGUUUUUUUAUGUAUACAUAUAUAUAUAUGCAUGUAUGUGUAUUUUCUGGACAAAAGUAGUCUUUUUUGAUGUGUGUAGUUUGUACAGGGCAGACGAAAUAUAAUUUGCUUAUAUGGAGCUGUUGAUUCUAUAUAUGUGUAUGCCACAUGUUAUAAUUUAAGAUUAAACUGAGAGAACUGAUUAUGUGAAACUCCUGAAAUUUGCAAGUUUUCCAGGGUUUUUUCUAUUUUUUUAUUGUAGAUUUUGUUCGGUAUAAUUAUUCUAAGCACUAUCUAAAGCUUUUGCUCUGUGUAUAUUCUGUACCAUCUUGUAAGUACUGAAGAGAUAUUUUUGGAAGGAAGACAAGAUAUACAAUGAAAUACAUACUGUUGGCCUGUGAUAUUUUUAAUUGUCUAACACUAUAAAAAUGAGUCACAUCUGCUUUGAAAAGUCAUUUUUGCAUGUAAAUUUCUUUUUGUAUGUAAGAAUAAAAUUAGUAUCUGCUUCCAUAGAUUUGUCCUCUGACAGAGCAGCAUGUGAAAGAAUCAAAAGGGAGAGGCAUGUAGUAGACAAGACAAAGUAUUAGUUCUUGUAUCUCAAAACUGUGUCUAUAUGGUGUACAUCUGAUUAUGACAUCUAAACAAUGAGAGAGAAUACUGAGGAUGACAAAAAGAAGUCUUCAAAGCAACAUCCAAUUUAAAAGGGUAUAUGAAUUGGAAGAUAAGCAUCAUCUCUUUAUGCUCAACAGGCUCAAAUAAUUUUAUUUUAUAAACAGACCUUGGUUAGCUCAGGGUGACAAAAGCAGGCUUUAGAGCUGGCUUGGUGCUGACAAAGUUGCUGGCAUCUGAUGAAUAUUUAAUAUUCGUGUAAGAAAUUAAUAUCCUUAAGAAAAAAAGGUGUCGUCCCCCCCCCAACCUAUCUAUCAGAAGGGCACAAACUCACUCAAUUAAGAAGUGCCAGUUACUAAAUGGGUGAGGACCCUUUACCGUGAGGACAAAGGUGAGCACUAUGCUCUUCGCAGGGGCUAGGAAAUGCUCAUGCUAUAACUUCAGGACGGCUCUUCUGAGUGUGAGGAGAGGUCCCAAGGUUGAGACAACAGCCUCAGUUACCUCCUUUGCUGCAUUCUGAGUAUGUAGGUAGCAGUUCCUGAAGACAUACGAUGUACUGCCCUGCAGUGACUUUGGUUUUUAAGCCCUGAGUUCCUUUAAAUUUAAAAACUGCCAUCCGUCUAAAAAGCAAAACCUACGUAAGGAAUUAAAUUAUUUGGUUUUCUUCAGUUGUUUUGUGAAUCACGCCUUCGCUUAUCCCAUGGGAUUGCCUCCUUCCUCUCUCAUGGCAUAUCCCAGUUUUUCCUUUGUCCCAUAACAGCUGGAUGGGCAAAAGGCGCUGCUGUGCUGAGGCUGUUUCCAGGUGUGGCAGAUGGUCUCUGGUUAAGCAGCAGGACCAACAGAGCAGAGAGCUAAUGAGCUCACACUGCAUCUUUGCUUCAGGGCAGGCAUUAUAGCAGCAUCUGCUUAAUUUUGCUGCUGUCCCUUUUGUGCUCUGAUUAGCCACUCUGCCACAGAUUUUCAUCAGCCUUUUAAGAACUUACUGACACCUUUAGUGUUCCUCAAGUUUCAUUGGAAUUGACCAGACCUCUUAGUGCAGAAGAAAGAAUUUUAAACUAUUUCUUGUUUAUUGGAAAUUGUUUUAAAU